CUUCAGCAUCGUUUUUAGUUUGCUGGGACUCGAAGCGCAGAAAAAAUCUGUGGUUUAAACGUAUUUUUCCUCCAAACAGGAAAAUUCGUCCAACGUGGUUUAAACUUCUUAUGGCUUUUGUGGCAAAGUGGGCGAGCCGAUCUACUCUCCUGGUCACAGCGGCUCCCAGACAACGUCACCCGUCACCCUGCCGCCGCUUCGAAACAACAACCACAACCCCCUGACGGGAGGUUCUAAAGCCACCAUGUCGGACGCUGUCCAGCUAUCGUCACAGUCGCAGGUCCACAUCACCCAGCUGUACGAGGAGAACACCAACAAGCGUCCGGUCCUGACCUCCCAACCCAACGGCCUGGCUCCGCUCAGCUCCACCCGGCCGGGCCUGCCGCUGCCUGAUCGGCAGACCUCGGCAUCAGAGCCCACCCACCACUGCCGCCAGAGCAGCGCCGCCUCCAAUAAGUCGACAGACAGCAAGCCAAAGCCCAACCACCUGACUCCGGAGCAGACCAUGAAGCAGUUCAUGUCCAAAUUGUCCUCAUUUGAACAUCACGAAGUUUUCAACUACCCUGAGGUGUUUUUUCUUGGUCCGAAUGCUAAGAAGAGGUCAGGGGUCAUGGGCGGAGCCAACAAUGGUGGCUAUGAUGAUGAUCAGGGAUCCUACAUCCAUGUCCCACAUGACCACAUCGCGUACCGCUACGAAGUCCUGAAAGUCAUCGGCAAGGGCAGCUUUGGACAGGUGGUGAAGGCGUUCGACCACAAGUCGCAGACCCACGUGGCUCUGAAGAUGGUCCGAAAUGAGAAGCGCUUCCACCGGCAGGCAGCGGAGGAGAUCCGCAUCCUGGAGCACCUGAGGAAGCAGGACAAGGACUUGAACAUGAACGUCAUCCACAUGCUGGAGAACUUCACCUUCCGAAACCACAUCUGCAUGACCUUCGAGCUGCUCAGUAUGAACCUGUACGAGCUUAUCAAGAAGAACAAGUUCCAGGGUUUCAGCCUCCCGCUGGUCAGGAAGUUCGCCCACUCCAUCCUGCAGUGUCUGGACUUGCUGCACAAGAACCGCAUCAUCCACUGCGACCUCAAGCCUGAGAACAUUUUACUCAAGCAGCAGGGACGCAGCGGCAUCAAAGUCAUAGAUUUUGGUUCUAGCUGUUAUGAACAUCAGAGAGUUUACACCUACAUCCAGUCCAGGUUCUACCGAGCACCAGAGGUCAUUUUAGGGUCCAGGUAUGGGAUGCCUAUUGACAUGUGGUCCCUGGGCUGCAUUCUGGCUGAGCUGCUGACCGGUUACCCGCUGUUACCGGGUGAAGAUGAAGCCGACCAGCUGGCCUGCAUCAUCGAACUACUGGGCAUGCCUAGCCAGAAACUCCUUGAUGUCUCCAAACGAGCCAAGAACUUUGUGUCGUCCAAAGGCUACCCGCGGUACUGCACCGUCACUACGCUACCUGAUGGCACCACUGUGCUGAAUGGUGGGCGAUCACGGCGGGGAAAGGUACGUGGACCGCCAGGUAGCAAAGACUGGAGCGCAGCGCUGAAGGGCUGCGAUGACCCACUGUUCCUGGACUUCCUCAAACAGUGUCUAGAGUGGGACCCAGCACUCAGGAUGACGCCCAGCCAGGCGCUGCGCCACCCGUGGCUGAGGAGGCGACUUCCCAAGCCACCAGCAGGAACUACUGCAACAGGGGAGAAGACCUCGUCCAAACGGGGUACCGCCACCUCUGAUGGUGCCAUCACCUCCAUCUCCAAACUCGCUACCACGUCCUCAACCACCACGUCCUCCUCUUCCAAAACCAGGACUAACUUGGCAGCAAUCACUGACGCCAAUGGAAACAUCCAGCCUAGGACAGUUCUGCCCAAACUAGUCAGCUGAGAGUGAAUGCACCCCACUCGCUGUGGCGGGAGGUGGAAGCUGUGCUCUUGAGCAGGCACAAGCAACAAGCUGCAUCUGAAAAAAAAAAACUGUUUUGUCCAGUUUUGAAGAGCGUUUGGUUUUUUCACACUGGUUUUCACAGCGUUGUUGGGGUGCGUUCAGGACAAAUACAGUCAUGGAAGCUUGGUGUUGGAUUGCUAAAAUGUGCAGAAUGGCUAGGCUGGGAUAUAAGCUGAAGGAAACUUGAUUGAUUAAGUGGGGUGCGUUCAGAUUCCUCAAGUUCUCAGUCUUGACUGAAAAAGACAGUUUGUUGUUUUACCUUGUGAGCAGCGAGACGUGUUUGAAACAAUUGUGGGGCUGCUCAGACAAUCAAAACACACACCACUCUGUAGCUCCAAACACACAAACACAACAUACUCAGAAAAACAUGGUGCUGAUGGAGGGAACAAGGCUUUUUAAUUUUUUUAGCGCAAAAUCUAUUUAGCUGAGAUUAUAGUCGAUUAAUCGAUUACACACCAAAAAACAACCUUUAUUGAUUUUAGUCUUACAAGGUUUUAUCUGGCAGACAACAGUAGGGCCUCAUAGAAAAUAAAUAUGUGGUUAACUGAAAAAAAAAAGUCAGAUAAAGCCUUAUAAUACUAACAGGGCUCUCAAGUAUCACGCAUUGAGCGUGACAGUCAUGCUUUUCGUUCUUUUGUCACGCACUCCCGCCACACAUUGUAUUUCUCAUGCUGAAAAAAAAUACCGGUAAAUUUCUCUGGUGCGCCGUUGCUAUGGAACCGGGAGGAACCAAGCACGUGGGCACGAGUCGAGCCUGUCACUUACCAGUCAAUCACAAAAAGGAAAGGGGCGGGCUAAGAUAAUGCAACAACCAAUGAAAAAAAGCAUUGUUAUCACGUGAUUACGUGGGGGGGGGGGUGUCACUCUUGCCUGCAUUCAAAACUUGAGAGCCCUGAUACUAAGGUUACAGCUGAAAAAAAUGCAAUGAUUAGCUUGCUAGUCUUUCUUUCAUAUCUCUAUGAAAUAACUAAUUUUGUGUUGUGUUUCUGUUCGGGAACAUUAGUGAUCAUUUGUCAUUAUUUUUUACUUAAAUAUCUACACAAUGGGAAAAAAAUAAUCCAGCAACCCUAACUGAACCAUCUACCUGUUAGCUGGCUAACUUUCUUAGCGAGCUGUUGUUUUACAGCAUGUUACCCUGCUAGCCUUGUGCCUAGCUAGCUAACUGUUAACUGUCUCUGGUUAGUUGUUAGACAGCUAUUUUGUUUGUGUUUAGCUGUCACAUUGCUAACAAUUUACACCUUUUAACUGGCUAGCAGUUAGUCUAGCAAAAUUUAAAUCAGUCAGCUAGCUAUAGCUGCCUCACUAUUUGCCUUUUUUGGCAGUCUGGUGGCUAGCCUUAGCCUCUUUUAGCCAUAGCCUGUUAGCUCUCCACUGCCCAGCCUUACAAAGCAGACAGAAUGACUAAAUGUUUUUUUAACUCCUCCGUUUUAGAUUUUUUAAGUAUUUUUAGUUUUGUGAAGGUUAGUAGACAGAGUAAAAGAAGGAUAAAAAAAAACAGAAAAGGAAUAGGCGUGUGGGUUAAUCAGCACCAUUUGAUUAUUAGUCAAACGAAAUGGCUGCUGAAAGAGCUGUGAAGGGAGAGAGGAAAGUAGACUGAAGGUGGUUUUAGGGACAAGUUAUAAAUCAUUUCAAAGUCAAAGGGCUCUGAUAUUUUUAAAAAAUGACAUCUUAGAAACCAAAGUCUUGUUUAUACGGAGAAACAUGAAACUGUGGCUGCAGACUAGCAUUUAUUUAAUAUACUUUAUAUUUGAUCAGCCAGCAUUAAAGGACAAGAUUAAAAAAAAUGUCGGAUUGCCUGGAUAAAAUGACAACUUUACAGUCUAUGCCACUGGCAGACCGCUUCUGAAUUUUAGUAGUUUUAAGGACUAUAUUUUAGGAAUCACCACUUUAAAUUAUUCCAAAUAUGAGGGCAAAAUCAUUUUUAGCAUUCUAACCAAAUUCCAGGCUUUAUGAAAAGCCACACCGAAAUCACAUGGCACCAAAAUAUCUUCCAUAAUGUCACAGCAUAGAGCAGUAUUUGUUUAGAUGACUGUUGGAUUUGGACUGACAGCCAAGACGGCAUAGAGAACUGAAUGUUUCUUCCUUUUGGCUGUUUGGAAAACAAAGCAGCUCCAAGGAUUUCACAGCUUUAAAUCCUCAAUUAAGAAGAUAGUCUGUAUGAAGCCUAAGGGAUAGAAAAGCCGGUAUGUCUAGAAUAAUAAAGAUGCUUUUCACAGUUCUUAAACUUUUCUGUAACUUGAGCUCAACAGCAGUAGCGGUAGCCUGAAGGAACCCCACAUAUAGGCCCCAUAUGGAGAAAUGUGAGUCUUCAGUUGUAUUUUAGGACUACAGACUGUAGCACUGCGUUACUGUGCAGUUAGUCUGAAGAGGUCAGCUUUUUAUAUACAUGAUACAUUCUUCUGGUUUCAGUGUGAACAAUGCAACAGUCAACCAAGAUUUUAAUUUCUACACUGAUCAAGUGCUGAAAAUUAAGACAAGAAAUUGCAAUGAAUUUGGAAUAAAAGCGCUCUCAGAGAGGUAGAAGCACUUCAGCUGAAACAGUAACUAACAUCAUGUUAGGACAUGACAGUGCUGGAUGGAAGAUAGCUCCAGAGUUAAUUCAGGGUUGUCCAGUGCUAUCAGUCAAACUGACUGAUUGUGA